AUGAAUAAUUAUAUUUUAAAUAUGAAAUACUAUUUCUAAAAAAUAUAUUUUUAUUGUACAUUAUUAUUUUAGAAAUAAAUUUUUUAUUUUCUGGAUAAAAAUAUAAUUUUAUGAUAUUAUUAAAUAAAAUAAAUGAAUAAAUUAUAUAUUUUUCUUUAAUUUUAUAAAUUAUAAAUACAAAUGUUUUACCAAUCAAGCAACAAAUAUUCUAGUAAAAGAGUUUCAUCAUCAAAAUUUAAGCUUCUAUUACAAUUUUAUGUUCCCAAAUUAAUUGCACAAAUCCUCCACAAGGAUCAAUUUAAACAUUUGGCUGAAGAAAAUUAACCACACAAGUAUGGUUGAGUGGUACAACAGAUUUGCAAAUGUGCUAAACAUCUCAGGUUCGAACGUACCAAAUUCAUAUUUAUUCUUUUUUGUGAGCGGGCAGCGUGAGUAUCUAAUUUUCAUUGGGAUCAACCAGAUCUAUUUAACGUUGGUGGACAUGUCUUAGAAAAUUAGUCAAUUGGAUUUUGAUCCGCCGGAUACUCUGGAUUAUCAAAAAAAAAAUAGACAAUGUGUGGAAUAUCUCCAAUUAAGGUCAAAAUUUGCUGAAUUUCCAUAAUUAUGGAUAACCCAAUAAGGAGUAACCUUUUGCCACUGUGCAGACGAAAAUACCCUUAUCCUUUGUCGAAAACAAGUAACUCUAGAUCUAUCAGCUAAAUAUUUACAUAGCAGGUAACAAUCUACAUACCAACUAACAUAUCCGCUAAUAAUUUCAGUAUCAUCUAACAAUCUAUGUAUCAAACAAAUGUAUCGACUAACAAAUCAUAUAUCAGUUAAUGAAACUAUUAACAAUUAAUUAGUUAUCUAUUAAAUAGCUUCAAAUCUAUUUGUAACAGCUAACAAUUCAUGUAUCGAUUAAGAAUUCAUUAAAAUCUAAAUAAUAGCAGAUAAGUAAUAAAAUAUUUACUAACGUAUAUAUUAUCUAAAAGUUGAUUGUGAUUCGAAAUUGAAAACAUUGAAAUUGAGGUGAGAUAAUAAGAUUAGCAUUAUGAGUGUCAAAAGAAUCAGAAUAAAAAAAUAAAGAUUUGUGUUGAAUUAGAAGAUGAUUUGAAGAAUUUGUACAAGAGAUAAAGAGAUUAGAACACAUAAAAGGGAAAAGAGAGAGAGAGAGAUAGAGAUAAGAGUAUUAUAGUCAUUAGAAAUAUUAAAAAGAAAUAAGGUUAUAUGACAAAUUACAUGAGUUUUUGGGUGCAUCUACGCCAAUUAAUCAAAAAAAAAGUUUCAAACAUUAAAAGAAAUCUAACUUGCAUAUUGAAUAGUUAUUAAUUUAUUAUUUUAAGAACGAUGAAAAAUGAUAGAUUUAUUUUUUUUUGUAAGACCCAGCAUCACACUUGUGAAGGCCCAAUAGCUUUAGUCUGAAUUAAAAGCCCAUACGAAGACGGUUAUGAAUUAAGAAACGAGGAAAAUUUUGAUUAGUUACUUAUAAUUAGCAUAAAAACAUAAUAACAGUGGGACCCAAUAUGCUGCUAAUCCAGCUGGCACUUACGGUUUGUUUUCAAAUAAGAAGAGACCAAAUUCUAUGUUGCAUUCACAAACUCUUUUAGAAAAUCCCCUCGAUUCUCUCAUUUUCUCGUCAUCCAAGGAAGACGAUGACUGGUGCCAACACAGUUUCUGGUGGUGAACAUGGUUCGGACAAGAAGAUUCAUGGUGACAUCGAUGCGAGCAAAGUCAAAGCACCAAACAUGUUCGAACGUGCCAAAGAGGAGUUCGAUGCUGUUAUUGGGUUGAUUCAUCAACACAAGAAUUCCAGGGACGAAUCUGAUAAAAAGGAACUCAAAUCCGAGAAAAAAGAUGCAAAGAAGAAACGGAAUAUGAUAAGAAAGGCCAAGGACGAAAUCAAAUCUCUAUUCCAUUCAAAGGAGAAACAUCAUUGCCACCAUCAUCAUCGCAAAGAUUCUCAUGGAAGCAGUGAUGAUAUCGAUGAGAACACGCAUGUGGAUGAAGUGAAGGGUCCCAAUGUUUUCGAUAGAGCCGAGGAAGAGAUCGAGGCCGUCGUCAUCCAUCCCGAGAAGAAUGAGAUUGACGGUUCUGAUUCUCCUAAGAGUUCUAGGUCUGGCUCACUGGAGAAGGAAAGAGCUGGAUUAGGAUGCUCUCUUGGAAAGUGGCUUGAAAAGAUUUGUGCUCCUUGGGGUGAUAACAAAAAAGAUUGAGUUAUUCAUGUGACUGAUCAUGAUUCAUGAACUUGUUUGCUAAUAUUUUCGUGAUAUAUAAUUUGGUUUGAGUUUCUAUUUAUUUGUAGGUACUAGUGUUACCUUAAGAAUAAAGCUCGUUUUAUUCAUAUUUCAGAAACUUUAGUCUUUCUUUAUACAAUAAAAAUGUUUAUAGGUUUUAGCAAAGCGUCUCUUAUGAGAUUCAAAGAUAAUAUUCCUGUGAUGUAUAUUAUUUAGACAUUCUAUCAUCCAUAAUAGAGCCAGAAGCUCAGCUCGGUGUUGAGAAAGAGGAAGAUAGUAUGAGACUGUGAAAAAUGGCAUUUCCUUAGUCAUCUUGCAAAAUCUAAGAGGCUCCAUCCACGUUGACAGUUUGAUGGAUCCAAGAGACACCAAUAUUACAAUUUAGCAUCCCUUGUGGAGGUUUUCUCGAAAGAAGAAGAAGGAAAAAGGGAAGAAAGAUUGGAAGUGCAAGAAGAAAAGUAAAGCAAAAUCAACGUGAACAAACAAGAAGACAAAGAUGAGUUGGGUUGUGUAACAAGAAGUUGCACAGCAAGAAGAAUAAGAGUAUUAGUUUGGUUAAAUUAAGUUAAGUUUAGCUAGAGUGGUUUAAGAGUUGUUAAAUGUGUAAGUUUAGUUGGUUAUAACUAUUUGUAAAACUAGUCUAAGCAUGAGUAGUGGGGCUUGUGUAAAAGAGUCUAGGAGCAUGAAGAAUGGUUUAAAGCAUGAUGCAAGUGCAUGUAGUAAGUAGAGAAACAUAUGUACAUGUGUGUGUGUGAAAGUGUAAAAAGCUUCCUUGUGAUCGAUGUUAACAAUGCAGGCAAUUAAAGUAGAUGUGUUCUUUAUUUCUCUCUUGACAAAUGAACUAAAACCAGAAGAGCGAGAGAAAAAACUGUGACAAACAAGUAAGAGAGUGAGAUAGAUAGCCUCAAGAGAAGCCAAGCGAGAAAACUGAAAAUCAGAGUAAUAGAAUGAGAGUUCAGCAGAUUUCACGAAAGUUCAACAAAGGUUAGAACUAUUGUCUCAUCUAAGAAAUGAUUUUUACUGCAAGCAUAGAGAUGACAAACGUUCAAGAAGACAGAGUUGGGAGAGAGGCCACAUUCAAACAUUGAAAGAUUUGAGGGAUCUCAUGUUUCUUUGGCCGUUUGACAAUGAAAAGGACAUGACAAAAACUUUCCUCAGGAGAUCCAUAUGGUCAGGUACCCAUUUGCAUCCCAUCCCAUGUAUCCGAAGCCUCUCCUUGACAGCAAGUAUUUAAGGUUCGAAGGCGCUUUAAUAUGCUUGAUAUUACCCCAUAACAUCUUCUCAUUUGGAGGCAAAGAAUUCGGUAGAGGAGCUUUAAUAUUCUAGAGCGUUGUAGCCACUUUGAUAGGUAUAUCAGUGGAUCACCGUUUUUGAAAAACCCCAAAUGUCUGAAUCUAGCUGGCUUACAGUCUACAGAUGGUUUUAUUUUCAAAUUGAUUUUUACAUCUCGUUUGUAAAGGUUUGUCUGACCAGAUCGAUGUCCCACCUUGUUUGCUCUAUGAGUAAAUCAUAGUAAGCGAGAUCAACAAUUAUGUUUGCUUUAAACGUAGCACUGAGUAAAGCGUCUAUUUGUAUUCCCCACACAUUAAUUAGUCUUUCUUCCAUCGCCUAUAGCUCUAACCAGACCUUGCUUGAGCAAUUCUCUAAGCAUAAGAAGGAUGAAUGCCUAGCCACAUUCCAAGGAGAUUAUGAAAUACCCACUUGGUAGUUGUAAAGAUUGUGGUUAAUAGAGUAAAUGAGAAGAAAAUUUUAAAGUAAAAAAGAGUGAAAAAGUGAGAGAGAUAGAUAAAUGAAGUAAAUAAGUUUACUCAUGUGUAUACUAGAAUAAACAUGUAUAUACAUUUUUUUCUCUGUUUAAACAGUAAUUGAAGGAAAAAAAGAAAAAAAAGUUUUCACUUGAUUGAUAAUUUUUUGGAGUAACUAAGUUUUCUACUCAGUUAUUUACUCGUGAUUUUCAAUAAAAGCAUGUGAGUGACUAGAUUAAUUUAGAAUUAAUAUUUUGUUCUCAACCAAAAAUGAAUUAAUAUUUUAGUUAUUAUCGUUUAACCAUAAAAAAAAAUUCAAGUACGUCUCCGAUGAAUGACAUGUUUUUAAUAAAUUUUCUAUGUUCAUAUGCUAGUGAAUACAAAUACUAAAUAUACAUCAAAAUAUCAAAUAAUGUGUACGAUACACAUAAAUCCAUUGUCUAAAAAAAAAAUCCAUUGUUUAGUAUUGAAGUAGAUGAACAUACAACUCCACCAAUUAUAUAUUUCUGUACAUUUGAUUAAAUAAAAAUAUUUUGUUUUUGCCCUUAUAGUUUUGAUCUUAAAGAUGCACAUCUAUCCAUAUAUAGUCUAGUACUGAAGGCAAUCAAACGAAGAUGGAAUAUACACAUGGGCUUAAUUGAUCAAGAUAUACAAUAUUGCUAUAAUUGACAGACAAACAAUAUAAUAAAAAGUAUUAAAAACAAUAUAAUAAAAAAAUUCUAAUAAAUAAUUUUUUUAUGCAGGAAAAGCAGAUUCAUAUACAUAUCCUAGUGGUGAUAAUAGUAAAAAAUUAUAAAUUAUAUUAUAUUCUUAUAAAAAAAUUGGGAAGCAUUGGGACUACUGACCAACUCCGUUAUUUAGAAAAGCGUUCGCUUUCAUUUGGUGAAUUGUAUUUCUUUUUUUGGUGCAGUGUACGUGUGGGUCGAUUUCUUAAAUAUAUAGUCUUAUUCUUGUUAUAUAGAGAACAUAUAAAUCUCACAUACUUUUAAUUAAUUAUAUAUUUCUGUACAUUUGAUUUAAUAACAAUAUUUUGUUUUUGCCCUUAGUUCUACCUUUCAAUUCAAAUUUUAGAUUUUAAAUUUAAAAAUCUCAAUUGUUAAAGUAGAACUUGGUAUAACUAGGAUUCAUGUAAUACUAAUUAGUUGUACACGAUCAAUAGUAUAAUUUAGUAAAAUAUUAUUUUUGGGUUUUUUAUUUUAUUUCUGCAAAAAUGAAAAAAAAAGAUGAAAAAAAUAAGUAUAAAAUUUUGAAAAAGGAAAAAAAGGUAAAAAUGGUAAAAAAAAACUGAAAAAGAAGAGGAGAAAUAG